AUGUACCGCAACUCCGUUUCAGUGGUCAGGACCGCUGUUGGUGAUACCACCCCCUUACCCAUAACCGUAGGCGUGCAUCAGGGCUCCGUCUUAAGCCCCUAUCUCUUCAGUGUGAUAUUAUAUGAACUGUCAGCCAGCGUACAGAAACUACCGCAGCCUUGGCUGCUUAUGUAUGCUGAUGAUAUCGCACUGGUAGAUGGGGACAAAGGACGGCUCACCAGACGCGUGCACGCAUGGAGGGAGGCGCUUGAGAACGGCGGGCUGAAGCUAAAUGUGGCGAAGACGGAGUAUAUGACCUACAACAGCACAGAUCUGACGUCUCUCCGUAUAGGCGACGAUACCGUCGAGCCCACGGACAACUUCAGGUACCUCGGAUCUGUGCUUGAUGCGUCCGGGGACAUCGAUCGCGACAUAAAGGCCCGUAUAUCAGCGGCCUGGGCGAAAUGGCGCGAGGUGACGGGUGUCAUUUGUGACCCCAAAAUGCCGGUCAAGCUGAAGUGA